UAGAAAUCGUAUACCUGCAACAGCCACAUCAACGAGAAGAUUUACCAAGAAAAAAGCUUCAAUGAAGUUACUGAACCAGAACUUGCCUCAUGGUGCUAAUAUUGACGGUGAUAUCUCGCUGAUGCUUGAGCUUCCAGAAAAUGACAGGUUCUUCAAGAAAAAGAAGAAACUGCUGGAAGACAUGGGUUCUCGUGCAAAACAUGCAUCCAUCCAUAGCUCUGCAAGUCCUGGUGAACUGGAGUCUUCUUUACUUUUGAUGCUUCAGAGAGCUAGAAUCAUAAACUUAGAUGAGCUGGAACUUUACUUUGGUGGCGAAGAUGUCAUGGAUAUGGUUGGCUUUAAUAGUCCGAGGAAUGAGAUGGAAUCCUUGAAUUCAAUUCUUACAGCCAUUGCUAAGUUGGAUGGAGAACAUUGUUCAACCACCAUAUUGGAAGAAUUACGAAUUGCAGCUGUCGACUUGAUUUCUGAGUUGGGAAAGAAAUGUAAAGAGGAGAGCAAAGUUGUUACUCGGUCUAGCUGUGAGCCAGAGAAAUGUUUACAACAGUGGGGCGAAGACCAAGGUGUGAAGUCACAAUUGGAGAUAUCUUACUUUGAAGGAGCUGGAAGGGGAGCCGUUGCAAGACAAGAUAUGAGAAUUGGAGACAUUGCCUUGGAGAUCCCUUUAUCCAUUGUCAUUUCAGAUGAUCUUGUACAUGAAUAUGACAUGUAUUCCAUUUUGGAAAGGGUCGAGGGCAUGUCAGCAGAAACAAUGGUACUGUUGUGGAGCAUGAAGGAGAAGCACAACCCUGAUUCCAAAUUUAAAUUGUACUUUGAUACGCUGCCAGAGGUAUUUAAUACAGGUUUGAGUUUUGGAAUGGAGGCUAUAAUGGCUUUAGAUGGAACCUUGCUGCUAGAAGAGAUUGUCCAAGCAAAAGAGCACUUGCGUGCACAAUAUGAUGAAUUAUUUCCAUCCCUAUGCAAUGAUCACCCAGAUGUAUUUCCUCCGGAGCAGUACAGAUGGGAGCAAUUCUUAUGGGCUUGUGAACUUUGGUACUCCAAUAGCAUGAAAAUUAUGUUUACUGAUGGAAAACUGAGAACCUGCUUGAUUCCAAUUGCAGGUUUUCUUAAUCAUUCGACUUGUCCACACAUAAUGCACUAUGGGAAAGUUGAUUCCACGACAAAUUCUAUAAAAUUUCCUUUGUCAAGGUCGUGUAAUGCAGGACAACAAUGUUUUCUUGGCUACGGGAGCUUCUCUAGUUCUCAUCUACUGACCUUCUAUGGUUUUCUACCACAACUAGAUAACUACUAUGAUGUGAUUCCGCUAGAUAUUGAUGUUGCAAGUAAUGAAGAUUGUGCAGACACAGACCCUACACCUGAUUGGACCUCCCAUAUGGUCCGUGGAACCUGGUUCUCAAAGAAUCACGGCAUCUUCCAUUAUGGGUUACCACCGCCUUUACUGGAUCGUAUGCGUAGAUCUCGGAAUCCUUCCUUGCAGUCAAUGACUCUUACACCAAAGAACUUGGAAAUUGAACUCGAAAUACUUAGGGACCUUUGUUCUAUGUUCGAAGAGAUGCGGGAUGGGCUAGGAGAUCCUGAAUUGGAUAACAGGGAGACCACAAGUUGGGAUGUAAAGCUUGCAGUGGAUUUCAAAGAUUUACAGAGGAGGAUUUUCUCCUCCAUUGUUGCUUCAUGUCAGGCAGGAUGUGAGUUGGUAAAAUGUGAAAUGCAAAGAUACACAUUGUAG